CCUCUCUCUCUCUAUCCAUUAAAAGUUUGAUCUCUCUCACUAAAAUGCAUUAUUCCUCUCUCUCACUUGAAAUCUAGAAUAUUCAGAGAUCUCAAACCCUCCCUCUCCAUGUCCAUGGCUACAACUUCUUCUCUUCUACAUUUUUCCACUAUUCCUAUUCCCAUCUUUACAAAACUCCCCAAAUAUCACCUUCUCCAGAACAACAUGAUCAACAAUAACAACAAUUCCCUUUUCUCCACAAACCCCACUUUGUCAAUACAUUACUUCAAUUUCAUUCUUCCAACCUCAAAAUGCUCUUCAUCAUUACCUUCUUUAACAACAAUGGAAGAUCAAGAAGACGAAGAUCAAGAUGAUGUUGAAGCAAUAACAAUGGAAACAAAUAACAAUUUUGCUCCACUUAGUGAAAUUUGGAGAGACAUUCAAGGGAUGAACAAUUGGGAAGGCCUUCUUGACCCUUUGAAUCUUCAUCUUCGUAAAGAAAUCAUUCGUUAUGGUGAAUUCUCUCAAGCUUGCUAUGACUCUUUUGACUUUGAUCCUCACUCUAAGUAUUGUGGCACUUGCAAGUACCAAGCUUCCCACUUCUUUAACAAGCUUCUCAUGCCUGAUCCUGGCUACAAUAUCACUAGAUAUCUCUAUGCAACUUCCAACAUCAAUCUCCCCAACUUCUUUAAAAAAUCCAAUUUUACCCGUGAUGAAUCCAGAAACUUUUCUAACAGAGUCUGGAGUCAACAUGCUAACUGGAUGGGCUACGUCGCGGUUGCCACUGAUGCUGAUGAGAUCAAACGACUUGGCCGCCGUGACAUUGUCAUAGCUUGGAGAGGAACUGUAACAUACCUUGAAUGGAUCCACGACCUCAAAGACAUUCUUCGACCGGCCGGUUUUAUCCCAGACGACACGUCGGUUAAGAUCGAAUCUGGAUUCUAUGAUUUGUACACCAUGAAAGAAGAAAAUUGCAACUACUCCGGAUUUUCAGCUCGUGAGCAAAUUUUAGCUGAAGUUAAACGACUUGUGGAGAAGUAUUGCAAAUUAGGAGGAGAAGAAAUCAGCAUCACCGUCACUGGCCAUAGUCUUGGAGCUGCUUUGGCUUUGAUUACAGCCUAUGACAUUGCUGAGAUGAAGCUGAACAUUGUGGCCAGAGGAGACGGUAGCAGUCCCGUGGAAGUUCCGAUCACUGUCUAUUCAUUUGCUGGUCCUCGGGUUGGGAAUCUCAAGUUUAAGGAACGGUGCGAGGAGCUCGGAGUUAAGGCGUUGCGAGUGAUUAAUAUUCAUGACAAGGUUCCAAUGGUACCAGGCAUUAUAGCAAAUGAAAAGUUACAAUUCCAAAAAUAUUUAGAGGAAGCUAUAGCUUUCCCUUGGAGCUAUGCUCAUGUUGGCACAGAACUUGCAUUGGACCACACACACAGUCCCUUUCUAAUGUCGACAAACGAUCUAGGGUGUGCUCACAAUCUUGAAGCUCACCUACACCUAAUCGAUGGAUACCACGGUAAGGGGCGAAAGUUUCGAUUAGAGACGAAGAGAGACAUAGCUUUAGUGAACAAGAGUUGUGACUUUUUGAGAAAGGAGUAUGGUGUGCCACCGUGUUGGCGACAAGACGAAAAUAAAGGGAUGGUUAGAAAUAGUGAGGGGCGAUGGGUGGUACCGGACAGACCGAGGCUAGAUGAUCAUCCGUCGGAUACCGCAAACCACCUUCAACAAGUGCUCAAAGAUGUUUUUGGUUCUUAGGAUUUAGGGUUUGCAAUCAAGAUAGCUAGUGAUAGCUUUAUUUCAUUAUGGAGGGUAGGUUGAAUGACUUGUUGACUAAAUAAUUAAUAGUGUCAUUGUUGAUGAGGAGUGGCAUUAUUUUGAUGUCACUAAAUGUAAAUUAUCAUGUGAGUUGUAUGGUUUAUAUUUUGUUGAAGAGUGGCAUAUUUGAUACUAUUUUGCUUUUGAAUAUGAAAUAAGUUUUGGCCAAUAUUAAUCUCUAUAUGAUUGAUGUUAA